AUGUCUCAGAUGUUGAGCCUGUGGUUCAAGGAAACGUAUCCGGUAUUCGAAGCCCGAGCAAGCGAGACCGUCGGAGCGUUGAUGAUCGGCGCCGUGGUCGAUCAGAAGGAAUCGAUUUUGUUGGCAGAAGAGUUUGAGGGUUUCGCUACGGAGUUGCUUGCAUGCGAGGCUCAAGGCGAGGAGAACUCUUCAACGGAAGUAUGA